GAUCUGCAUCAACACAAUCCUCAUUCAGAUGAAAGCUGUACAUUCAGUAGCUCUGACCUGCAUAGAAAUACUGAACAGAACAUGAUUAAACAGGAAGAAGAGAAGGGAAUGGAGAGGAAGGUGGAUGCGAUGUCCUGCAACAUCAUCAAUGAGCUGCGGUUAGAGAAGCAGCUCUGUGACGUAGUCAUCAUGGUAGACGGCGCCAAGUUCCACGUGCACAAGAUCAUCCUGUGCGGCUGCAGCCCGUACUUCGUGGCUCUCUUCACCAACGGCUGGUACCCUCCUGAUAAGAUCAGCCUGGUGAACGACUGCUGCGCAUUCCUGAAGACUCAGCUGUGUCCUGAGAACUGCGUUAACAUCUGGCGUUUUGCUCACUCCCACUUCUGCGAGAAGUUGAAGCAGCAGGCCUUCCGGUUUAUUUUGCACAACUUUGAGAAGAUAGUGAGCCUCUCUGAGGAGUACCUAGACCUGACGGUCGAGCAGCUGAGCAAGAUCAUUGAGAAGGACGAACUGAACGUGAAACAGGAGAGCGUGGUGUUCGAGGCCGUCUUACAGUGGAUCAAACAUGCACCAUGGAAACGGAAAGCGCACAUAGGAGUGUUACUGCCCAAGGUGCGUCUGGGGCUACUGACGCACGAUUACCUUAUGAACAAUGUGAGCAACAACGUUUUAGUGAUGGACGACAUGACAUGUAAGCCGAUCGUCACCAGCGUUCUGAUGGGCAUCGAUGACCUCAACCCGAGCCUUUCUUUCAGCUCUGAUCUCACGAGAUUCCGCCUGCCCAGCGCCAUUCUGCUGGCCAUCGGUGGCUGGGGCCACAGGAAUCAAACCAAUGCCAUAGAAGCGUACGAUACGCGAGCAGCACGCUGGGUCAAUGUCACAUGCAACUACGAGAGUCCACGAGCUUAUCACGGGACAGUGUACCUGAAUGGCUUCGUGUACUGCAUCGGAGGACUCGACACUGAGGAUUACAGACAGGAUUACUUCAGCAGUGUGAGAAGGUUUGACCCCAUCACCAGAACCUGGGCUCAGGUGAGCCCCAUGCACUCUCGCCGGUGUUACUUGAGCGUGUGUGGGCUGGAUGGUCAUAUCUAUGCGAUGGGAGGAUUUGAUGGCAUUGAAUAUCUGAAUACGGUCGAGCGAUAUGAACCUGAGAAUGAUCGGUGGAGCAUGAUCGCGCCGAUGCACAAACGAAGGAGCAACUCUAGCGCUACAGUACUGAACGGCAAAGUAUACGUAUGCGGAGGGUUUGAUGGGAACGAGUAUUUAUUCACAGGGGAGUAUUAUAGUCCUCAGACGGGAGUGUGGACCCUCAUCCCCCCCAUGAUGAUCAGAAGGAGUGGACUGGGUGUGGUCGCGUACGGAGGACAGGUUUACGCUGUCGGGGGAUUUGGUGGUGAUAAUGAGUUAAGCGAUGUAGAGGUGUAUAAUCCUCAGACCAACAUGUGGAGAAAAGGUCCAGCCAUGAACAACCAGCGCAGCAACUUCGGCAUUGAGGUGCUGGAUGAUCUCCUGUUCGUUGCUGGAGGAUUUAACAGCACUACCAUCAUGGAUGAAGUGGAGUGUUAUGAUGAGCAGACUUCUGAAUGGCAUUCAGUCGAAAACAUGGGGUAUUCCCGCCGUGCUCUGAGCUGCUGUGUGCUGUCUGGUUUACCCAACAUGGCCGAGUACGCCGCACCCCGAGACGAUCCCUACGGAGUCCCUCAGAGCUCACGGAGCACCAGGGGGUACCUCACACCUCCUGCCAACGUCUGAGUACAAAUAAACCUCUCCCUUCAUCAGCAUCCUUUUGUUCUCGAGAAUCAAAUUAAACAUUCUGAAGCAGUCAAACUA